GAACCGUCUCCUGGCUAGGAAGCCGCCAAUGAGCUUCAACUGAAUGUCUAUAAAUUGUAGACUUUUACUGUAAAAAAAUCAUCAUCUGAAAUUCAAUAGACAAUUCAUUUAAUAAAUCAUGGCUGGAUUACAGCAGUUUGUGGGUUCAUGGCAAGAAGUGACCAAGGAGGGAUUCGAGGAAAUGGCUGAUGCUUUAGGUUUACCAGCUGAUAAGAAGCAGAUGUACCAUGAUGCUAGGACCACUAUAUCGUAUGCUGUGAAUGGGGACACGGUGACCAUCAACGUGGGUCUGGUAGGGGCACCUGCUGGAAGACAAUUUACCUUUAAGUUAGGGGAACCUUACGACUCUGCAGACUUAGAUGGUUCUCCUAUGAAGAGUCUUGUCAAAUUAGAAGGCGAUAAACUAAUAGAGAAACAUACAAAUGAGAAUUUACAUGGAGCAGAAAUGAAUAUUCAGCGCUGGUUAGAAAACGACACCAUGAUGGUGCAAACCACUUGUAAUGGCUUGUCGAUGUUAUCUAAGUACAACAAAGUUGCUUGACCAUAUACCUAUAUGUUUACAUCUCUAGCGGAAAGUGAAAACUGACCAAGCACAAAUAUCACAUGUCGUGAUAGGACAAUUUUCCGAGCGAUUCUAUUCAUAAUAGAUGUUGUGUUUUGUGGUACAUUGAAUGUCCAUUGCUUUAUAUAAGAUGCCGAGGAGGCGGUCCAGUUUCAGUGUCUGCUUAAGGCACAUUGCAUUCAUUAUGUGUGUAAACAUUUUGAAAUAAAGGGUAUAAAAUACCAUUAUAA